CAUCACGCGCAGGGGCAGCGUUCGGUGCGGCUCGGCGUCCAUUCGGCUCUCAUAUCCUUGCAAAAUUAGGCCCUUCUGCGCACAAUGUUCGGCGGCGCUGUCCAGUGGGAUCCCCUUAUGUUCCUCAACGAGGAGCCAUCUCCGCAGUGCCUCUUGCGGGUCAAGAAGGACAUCGCGGACUUCAACGCCAGUCCUCCUGCAGGACUGUUCAUCACACCAGAGGAAGAAGACGUCACCAAGAUGCACGCCCUUGUCGUCGGUCCCAGUGGAACGCCGUACGAAGGCGGCUUCUUCCAGUUCUACAUGAAGUUCCCACCCACCUACCCGAUCAGCCCACCCAGGGUUCGAAUAAUGACCACGGACGCUGGCCGAGUGCGCUUCAAUCCGAACCUGUACGCCUGCGGCAAGGUCUGUCUCAGCAUCCUCGGCACCUGGACCGGGCCACCGUGGAGCCCCGCUCAAGGCCUCGAGAGCGUCCUUAUAUCGGUGCAGUCUCUGAUGAACGAAAAGCCUUAUCACAACGAGCCAGGCUUCACAAACGAACUGGUACCAGGAGACGCCGACCGCUACAACGAAUUCAUUCGGCACGAGACGAUCAGGGUGGCGGUGUGCGACCAGGUCGAAGCCGCUCUCAAGCAGAGUGCCGACUGUCCGGCCAUCCUCAGGGAGCAGAUACUUAAGUGUUUCUACGAGUCCUACGACAAAUACGAGGAAAUCGUGAAGGCAAAGGUGCAUCUGACGGGCACGACAGUGAAAGAUGUUUUUACUUAUCAAAAGCAGAUACAGUGUCAGUACGAGACGCUGCUGACCAGGAUGCGUGAUUUAAGAGAGCAGAUCAAGCAGAAGAAGGAAGCUGCUGCACAAGCUGAAGCUGCUGCUGCUGCUACUGAAGCUGCAGCUGCCGAAGCUGCCCAGGUUGCCGAUAACGCUGCUGCCGCCACGAACCCGGUGAACUGA